AUGCUUCCUUCCCUGUCAUUUUUACCUGUUGGCUUCCUGUUAAUUGUAGCUAUGGGACAUACGUUUCAAUUUCAAGAAUCCGACUUUCUCCAGUUUCUGGGCUUAGACAAGGUGCCUUCACCCCGCAAGUUCCAAUCCGUGCCUUUUAUCUUGAAGAAAAUUUUCCAAGAUCGAGAGACAGCAACAACCACUGGGGUCUCCCAAGAUUUAUGCUACAUGAAGGAGCUGGGUGUCCGUGGGAAUGUGCUUCGUCUUCUCCCUGACAAAGGUUUCUUUAUUUACUCAAACAAAGUCUCCCAGGAUGACUCUUGCCUACGGAAGCUCCUCUACUUUAACCUGUCUGCCAUCAAAGAAAAGGAGCAGUUAACAAUGGCUCAGCUGGGCCUGGACUUGGGGCCUAAUUCUUACUAUAACCUGGAACCAGAACUGGAGUUGGCUCUGUGGGUCAUUCAAGAGCCUCAGGUGUGGGGGCAAUCUAUCCCCAAGCCAGGUAAAAUGUUUGCCCUGCAGUCUGUACCAUGGCCUCAAGGUGCCCUUUACUUCAAUCUACUGGAUGUGGUUAAGGAUUGGAAUAGCAAACCCCAGAAGAACCUUGGCUUAUUCUUGGAGAUUGUGGUCAGAGGAGACACAGAAUUUGCAGUGAACUUCCAGAUGGAGGCCACCUGUGCCAGACUGAGACCUUCCUUUCGUGCUUCCCUGCUGGUGGUCACCCUCAAUCCUGAGCAGUGCCACUCUGCUUCCCGAAAAAGGAGGGCAGCCAUUCCUGUCCCUAAGGCGUCUCACAAGAAUCUCUGCCGACCUCACCAGCUCUUCAUCAACUUCCAGGACCUAGGUUGGCACAAAUGGAUCAUUGCCCCCAAAGGGUUCAUGGCAAAUUACUGCCAUGGAGAUUGUCCCCUCGCUCUCACCACCUAUUUAAAUAGUUCCAAUUAUGCUUUCAUGCAAGCACUGAUGCAUGCAGUUGACCCAGAGAUCCCCCAGGCUGUCUGUAUCCCCACCAAACUAUCUCCCAUUUCCAUGCUCUACCAAGACAAUAAUGACAAUGUCAUUCUUCGACAUUAUGAAGACAUGGUAGUUGAUGAAUGUGGGUGUGGAUAG